ACGCUAGGGUAUUGUGUAUUCUCAGCAGAAAGAGUCUAGCUGUGAAGGGACAAGGAGAGUAACCAAUCCAGUCUAGGGUGUAUUUUUUAUAUUUCGUUGACAGUUUAGCAUUAUUGGGGCAGCAUAAUGACGGAUAAAAUGGAUAUGUCUUUAGACGACAUUAUCAAACAGAACAGGCAGCAGAGAGGUGGAGGCCGGGGUGGAAGAGGCCGAGGCCGCGGAGGCUCAGGUGGCGGCGGCGGCGGCCGAGGAGGAGCAGGAGGCCCCGGGCGUCUUGGAAGCGGCGGUGGAGGAUUUGGAGGCCGAGGCGGCGGAUCCGGCCCCACGAGGAACCGACAGAACCUGGGCCGCGCUAGAGGCAGACCAACGCCUUACAACAGGCCCAAACAGCUUCCAGAUAAGUGGCAGCACGACAUGUUUGACAACGGCUUCAGCAGCUUCAGUGGCCCUGUUGGAGGUGGAGGAGGUGGCGUGGAAACUGGAGGGAAGCUCCUCGUCUCCAAUCUCGACUUUGGGGUCUCGGAUGCAGACAUUCAGGAACUCUUUGCAGAAUUUGGGACUCUCAAAAAGGCUGCAGUUCAUUACGACAGAUCGGGAAGAAGCCUGGGAACCGCAGAUGUCCACUUUGAAAGGAGGGCAGAUGCCCUCAAGGCCAUGAAACAGUACAACGGCAUCCCGCUUGAUGGACGGCCUAUGAACAUACAGCUCGUCACGUCACAGAUUGACACACAGAGGCGACCUAUGCAGGGUCUGAACAGAGGUGGUGGAGGAGGCAUGAACAGAAAUCGUGGUGGUGGAUUCAGAGGCGUGCAGAGAGGUCGUGGAGGACGCGGUGCAGGCGGUGGAGGAAGAGGCCGGGGUGGCCGCGGUGGUAGUAGCAAGCAGCAGCUGUCAGCAGAGGAACUUGACGCCCAGUUAGACGCCUACAAUGCCAGGAUGGACACCAGCUAAGAAGUGUGGCACCUCUGGAUUGUUGUCCCUUCCUGUCUGCACAGAAGGGUGGUUGUUACAAAUGUGCAGAAUAUUUUACACAUGGUUUUCUGAUGUGAUUGAAAUUAUUGUUCCAACCUCUUCUUUUAAAUGCUCCGUGUUUUUUACCAGUGUUUUUUUUUUUUUUUUCUGACUAAAAUGGUUUUGACUGUAGGUUCAUGUGAAUUGGGUUUUCCCAGUUCUUUUCUCUACCCUGUAGUUGAUGACACUUGUAAUAAAACCUACAGUGCAUAUUAACCAAA